UUUCAUUCAUGAGAUACACGCUGUACGGUUUUAAGAAGGUUAUUUCUAUAUAAGCCUCUUUUCGUAAUAAAUUUCGACUUAAUUUUUCCUAUCCAAUUCCGUAAUAAAUACACCAAAUCAUGGCACUUGAAGAGGGUGAUUCAACAACCGUUGUCAUUUCUGCGAAACCAGAUAGGAAAAUAUUUAGACCUAAGCGAAAGAUGGUUUCAGGUGUCCCAUGUGAAAUAUCAGAAGAUCCAGCUCUGUUGAAAGCUAUCAGUAUUCUCCCUAAAAAUUAUAAUUUUGAAAUUCCGAAAACUAUUUGGAGAAUUAAAAAGUGCGAAGCAAAACGUAUUGUUCUCCAAUUUCCCGAAGGUCUUCAAAUAUUUUCUUUAACAAUAGCAGAUAUAUUGCAACAUUUCACUGGUGUAUAUCCUAUGAUAUUGGGAGAUGUUACAUAUGGCGCUUGUUGCAUUGACGAUAUUACUGCUACUGCCUUGAAAGCUGAUUUAAUGGUUCAUUAUGGACAUAGUUGUUUAAUUCCGGUUAAUGUGACGAGUAAUCUAAAUAUGCUUUAUGUGUUUGUAGAUAUAAAAAUAGAUACUCUGCAUAUCAUAAAUACAAUCCAAGAGAAUUUUGAUCCAAAAGUAACUCUGGCUUUAUUAAGCACAAUACAGUUUGUCUCAACCCUUCAACAUGUUGCGUCUGACCUACGGAGUUUGGGUUAUGAUAUUGAAAUUCCUCAGUGCAAGCCCUUAUCACCAGGUGAAAUUUUAGGAUGUACUUCUCCCAAAAUACAAAACGCAAGAUCUGUCAUCUUUAUUGGAGAUGGGCGAUUUCAUUUAGAAUCUGCUAUGAUUGCUAAUCCGACUUUGACAUUUUACAGAUAUAACCCAUAUGACAAGACAAUUACAAAGGAAUAUUAUGAUUAUGACAAAAUGAUGUCCAUAAGGAAAACUGAGAUUCAGCGAGCUGUUAGUGCUAAUACCUUUGGAGUUAUACUGGGUACUCUAGGAAGACAAGGUAGCCCAAAAGUAUUAAAUAACCUGAUAAUGAUCCUUAAAAAAAUGGAUAAGCGUUAUGUAGUUGUAUUAUUAUCUGAAAUUUUCCCAGAAAAACUUAAAUUAUUUACAAAUAUUGAUGCUUGGGUUCAAAUAGCAUGUCCUAGAUUAUCUAUUGACUGGGGAACUGCUUUUCCGAAACCACUGCUCACACCAUAUGAACUUGUGGUGGCUGUGAAGGAAAUAGAAUGGCAAAGUAAGUAUCCUAUGGAUUUCUAUGCUUCACAAAGCUUGGGUAAUUGGACACCUAAUCAUAAAAUCUCAUCAUUAAACUCAAAAAUUGCAUGUGGAAAUUGUGCAGAUUGUAGUUGUUGUACUGAAAAAGAUUCAAUAGAAUAAAGUUAUUUUAAGCUUUGUGAA